AUGACGGCUAGAAUAGAUUCGGGCGAGCCCUUUCUCAAAUAUCUCAAUGUCAGCAAGACACCGUACAUUUUCCUCACGGCCGAGACGGACGACUUUGACGAAGAGACGAUCGCUGCUUGGGAGGGCGAAGGCUUCGUCACGACGUAUGUGCCUUUUGGCAAUGGAGGGAGAGACUAUGUAGAUAGAAUGCAUGCGGCUCCUGACCAAGCAUUGGGUCUGAACGAUCAGUAUGCCAUAGUAGCAUUUGGAGAUGCAGCAAGCGCCUGUCUCGAAGCCUACGUCAAAUCCACACCUCGUCUCGCCGCCUUAAUCGCAUACUACCCAUCCAGACUCCCGGACCCGCAACAAACACGAUACCCCAUGCACACCACCGUCCUAGUGCAUCUCUUGAGCUUUCAGGCAUACAAGUACCCUGGUGUCGAGGAAGGAUUCGCCGAGAGUGAUCUGGAUGAAUACGAUGCUGCUGCUGCUGGAGUGGCUUGGAGCAGGACUUUGGGAGUCGUGAGGAAGGCGUUACGGAUAGCCUCCGACAUUGAGAGGAUACGGGACGAACAACUAGACCAUGCACGAAAAGGCAGCGUUCAAAAAGCCCUCGCCCUCACCAGUCAAAAUCCAGCAGUCCUCCACGUACCUUCUUUAACAGGAGCCUUCCACGAAGAAGACCUCGGCGACUUUUACUCUGAAUUCUUCCAACCAUCACCUACGUCGCUAAAUUGCAAGCUACUAUCCCGCACCGUAGGCACCGACCGCGUGAUCGACGAAAUGUCUCUAUCCUUCAACCACAACAAAGUCAUCCCCUGGCUACUUCCCGGUGUACCAGCCACGAAUCGCAGGAUCGAAGUUGUAAUCGUAUCUAUCGUAUGCAUCAAAGCUGGGAAAUUGUUCAGUGAAAAGGUUUACUGGGAUCAGGCUAGUGUGUUGAUGCAAGUGGGCUUGUUGGAUCCGAACCUGGUGCCGGACAAGUUCAAGGAAAAGGGAGUGGAGAAGUUGCCAGUUGUUGGUGCCGAGAGUGCGAGGGCGGCAGUCAGAGGAGGUAGUCGCAGGAUUAAUGAGUUGAUUUCUGAUUGGUAG